UCUGUCGCUAUCCAGUAGUCUCAGAAGUCCCUUUCUCUUUCUUCUCACCGAGAGAAAAGAAGAUCGCAUGUCCUCACCGGUAAACCUCACCGGCGAUUUCUCCGGCAAAGAUCGAUUUUGAGAAACUUUGAGUUUUGGGGCUAACUUGAGUAGUGUCGUCGUCUACAUCUGGCACUGGGCGUGGAGUUGGAUUCGAGUGUGUGUAGUGUGGAAGGGAGCUGAGCUGAUUGCGCGGAGGUUGAGUUUCAGAGCUUGGCGGAGUGACUUGAAGUUUUUGGGUUUUUGGUUGGGGGUUAUCAGCGGAAAGAAUGUCUUUCCAGCAUAAAAGCUUUUGGAUACCUAGGGAUGCAGGAUGUUUAACUGAUGGAGAGAUGAAUUAUGAUAGCUCCUCUAGAAUUGAAACAAAGCGUGGCCAUCAAUGGUUUAUGGAUGGCAAUGCACAAGAACUAUUCAGUAGCAAGAAGCAAGCAAUAGAAACUGUAAAUUCUAGACCUGUUCCAGGAGUUCCACACAUGAAUGUUUCUCCCUGGGAUAACACUUCGAGUUUUCAGUCAGUUCCUGGGCCAUUCACUGAUCGCCUCUUUGGCUCAGAGCCUAUAAGAACUGUCAACUUGGUUGAUAGAGGCAUCACUGUUGGAAAUGCUAAUAUGGACAUGGGAAGAAAGGAGUUCGAGAAUCAUUUUGCAAACAACCCAUCAGUUGGCUUGUCCAUGUCCCAAUCCAUUGAAGAUUCCUCAUCAUGUCUCAGUUUUGGUGGAAUUAGGAAAGUUAAAGUCAAUCAAGUCAGGGAUCCUGACAUUGGCAUGUCUGCCUCGUUGGGGCAUGCAUACAACAGGGGUGAUAAUGGUACAAUUUCGAUGGGUACAACAUUUAACAAAAAUCACGAGAACGCUAUAUCAUUGGGCCAGACUUAUAAUAGCAGAGAUGACAGUACCAUCUCAGUUGGCCCUGCAUAUCACAAGACAGAUGACAAUUUUAUUUCAAUGGGUCAUACUUUCAGCAAGGGUGAUGGAAAUUUCAUUACAAUUGGUCAUAACUAUAGCAAGGGGGACAGUAGCAUCUUAUCAAUGAGUCAGCCUUUUGACAAGGGGGAUGACACUUUUAUAUCAAUGGGUCAGUCUUAUGAGAAGGCAGAUGGCAAUAUCAUUUCUUUUGGUGCUUCCUACAAUAAAGGGCACGAAAAUUUUAUCUCAAUGGGACCAACCUAUAGUAAAGGCGGUGAUACUUUCAUUUCAAUGGCUUCCUCCUAUAAUAAGGGAAAUGAUGAUACCCUUUCAAUGGGUCCAACAUAUGACAAGGUGGACUCUGACAUCGUACAUGUGGGUCCUAAAUAUGACAAAGCGGAUUCUGGUUCUCUGUCUAUGGCUCACAACUACCAUAAGGGUGAGAGUAAUACUAUAUCUUUUGGAGGUUUCGAUGAUGAAAAUGCGACAGAUAAUCCUUCUGGUGGGAUCAUUAGCAGUUAUGACUUGUUAAUGGCUAAUCAGGCUUCUGCCCAAGCAUCAGAAGUAUCAACCCUGCGAGAUUCAGUUGAUCCCAAUGCGGAAUUAAAUGUUAACAAUGCCCCAAAACUUGAUGCUAAAAUUGACACAAGUUCCAAGAAUAAAGAGCCAAGGACGACUAAGAAGGUGCCCCCAAAUAGCUUCCCUUCAAAUGUUAAAAGCUUGCUCUCCACUGGUAUGCUUGAUGGGGUCCCUGUGAAAUAUGUUUCUUGGUCAAGAGAGAAAAAUCUCAAGGGAAUUAUAAAAGGGACUGGAUAUUUGUGCAGCUGUGACAACUGCAAGCAAUCUAAGGCUCUCAAUGCUUAUGAAUUUGAGAGGCACGCUGGCUGCAAAACCAAACAUCCAAAUAAUCAUAUUUAUUUCGAGAAUGGCAAAACUAUCUAUGCUGUUGUUCAAGAGCUAAAGAACACCCCUCAGGAGAUGCUAUUUGAUGCAAUUCAGAAUGUGACUGGCUCUCCCAUUAAUCAGAAGAAUUUUCGUAUUUGGAAAGCAUCUUAUCAAGCUGCCACCCUUGAACUCCAGCGUAUUUAUGGAAAGGAUGAAGUAAUUAUGCCUUCUUGAGAUGGGGAUUUACCUUUUUAAUUUUUGAGACCUCAAAGAUAUACCCACCAGGGUAUUUAUUCACAGGAUGGAUUUGUAACCAAAACAUUGCUAAAGUGAGUAUAUUGUAAACCAGUAGUUGCUCUCAAAGAUGAUAUGGAUGAGUGGCGUUUGGUGAAGGCGUUAUUCGGCCAGGUCGGUCAGCAACCUGCCGACUUACAAAGACAUCAAUUUGAUCACAAGUGUCCAUUGCACAGAAUGCCCUCUGCUUUUCCUUUCAUGUUACAUUUUGUUCUUGAUUUUAUUCCCUCUUGGCAGAAUUGUAUUGAAGCAUUUCAGCACAAUAGAAUAGUCUGAAACAUCCAUCUUUUCCAGGAGCUUUGGUUCCAACAAAAACAGAAACUAUUAUUAUAUAAUAUAUAGGCCGCCUUCAAAUGCAAAAA